CAGAGCAGAUUGCUAAGUAAUUCACAAAAGGCCUUUAUCGAGACACCACAAUGAUGGUAAACCAGUCGGCCGAUGGAGAUUUAGCAACAAUGAUGGGAGUACAAUGUCAAUAGCAUUUUAAGACAUUAGCAAGAAAAUCAAAGAACUAGUCCAAGCAUCCAUCAACUAUUAAACCAUUGAAAUAUUCUCAAGGAAGGGAGCAUGAUGCCGCCACCCUCUGUGCAUACAUGAAGAAGCUGACCCAACAAUUAUGAAGAACUUCAUUGGAGCCAAAGAAUGGACCGUUUACACCCUUGUUCAUUUGUUAAGCAUGUGGAGAAGAAGUCCAUGAAGGAUUCACUGCUAUAGCCAAGAAGGGCAAUGACAUUCUUAUGUCAAUUACGUAAAUCAAGGCUAUCAAAUAUCAAUCGAGACCACAACAAGGAAGUUAUCCUCCUUAUCAAAGAUUCAACCAAGCUCGCAUAAAGUAUGUCAAUGGCCUUCUUCAGGAGGAAAGAAGCUCGAGAACCACCAAUAUCACCUCUACCAAUGCACAAUAUGUUCAUAAGGUACAAUGGCAAAAGAAGGCAGGUCCACCUGAGUUUGGAAGUCAACCUCAAUACAAGGGGAAAGGGGAAGGUGUCUCCAAUCCGCAAACCACCAGAUUCGAGAAGCUAGAGACAACAGUGACAUGACUGCAAAUGAGCUACUAGAAUAUUGAAAGAGAACUUGUAUUCCUCAUCGAUGGCCAACCGCAAAAGCCUGAAAGCAACCUCUCAAGCAACACAGAAAAUCAUCCAAAGAAGGAGGAAGUCAAAGUCAUUCGACAAGGAAGAGAGCAGCCAAAAGUUUCCCGAUCAUAAAAAGGAAGAAGGAAGCUAAGUAUCCAUCCCUCUUCAAAAAUUUGAUAGAAUUUUUUGGAGCAGAAGUGACAGUGCCCAUAUUGGAGAAUAUGCUUUCGAUGGAGGACCUUCAAGAAAACCCCUUGGGGAACUGGUCUAUGAAGCAAAGAAUGAUCAUAGGCACAUCGUUAUCAAAUGUCUUGUAGAAGACCAUCAUGUGGAGAAAGAUCUGGUAGAGCUUGGCUCAAUUGUCAUUAGACUGCCACUAUAUAAAUAUGAAGAGAAGAGACAAGCAAACAUGGAGUACGUAACCGUAGAAAUCACACUAGCCAAAAACACCCUUUGAAAAGCUCUUGGAAUUGUUUGAGGCCUAAGCACCCAUGUUGGGCAGUUCAUUUUAUUAUCCGAAUACCUCGUGAUUAACAUGCAGACAAGCAAAGAAUAUUCAACCCUCUUUGGAAUAUCGUUCAUUGCCACUACUGGAGCAAGAAUUGAUGUUGUUAAGGAAGAAUUAACCGUACAUGUGGGCAAGCUCUUACUAAAAGUAGAGAAACCAAUCACCAGAAGUGAAGACCUUGAGGAGUAUCUAGAGGAGGAUCCGGAUGAUGAGACCAUAUUUCGAUUUGGCUCUCAGUUUGAGGAUUUGGAAAUCAUAAUAGUUCAUCACCAUGAUCUUGAUCCAAAGUAUGAAGGAAAGUUGAACAAGGUUCCCCUAAUUCCUAGUUUAAAAGAAGCUCAAAUGGCACUCAGAAUAGCCAGUACAAGGGAAAAGAUGAUGCUUGAGAAGAUAGAGGAACUAGAAUAUGAGGCAAGAGAGGAGCAUCAGGAGUUCAUCAAUCCUCAUCAACCUAAUGAAUUGAACUACGUUCAUAUUCUUUCAACGAGAUGGCUGAUGAAGAUGAAGUACGCAUGAUUGUGAAAUCAACUAAAAAGGGAACCUAGUUGAGCCUAGCUCAAAGGCAUAAAAGAGAGAGCGCUCCAUGGGAGGCAGUCCAUGUCAAGCGUCAAACUUAAUGAAGUUAAAUGAAGUAUAAUCUCCCGCUCCGACAAAACCCACAUUUUGGUGUUUCAGAAUAUACACGAUUAAAAUUGAGCAUUUCGAUACAAUCUCCAGCAAAACCGGAAUAUCGAUCGAUCGGAUAAGUAUCGAUUAUGUUAGAGUCACAAAUAAAGAUAAUUAUAAAUUAUACAUAUAAUAAAUAUGUGCACGUGUAUGUUCUCAUGAAAGAAUAAAGAAAACAAAAAAAUAAAUAGACAACUUAAUUCCAUAUUGUUAGAUUUGUGUAACAUACAUGUUAAAGUUGAUGACGAAGAUGCUUCCCUAAUCCUGUUUGUUUCUUUGCCGAGUUCAUAUGAGAAUUUUGUGGAUUCCUUUAUUGCUGGUAAUGAUAGCUAGUCAUUAGAAGAUGUCAGAUAUGCUCUUCAUAUGAGAGAGAUCAUGCUUAAGGCAUCAAGGUCUAGUAUAGGCGGUGAAGCAUCGGGGUUGGCUAUUACAGGUGGAAAGGGAAAGAAGAAAUAUAGGAAAGAGAAUUCA